CUCCAAACAAAACCACCGCAACCAUGGCCCAAGCCUACAAACCCGGCUCGACCUACUUCGAAGACCGCAAAUCCUUCAACGACGUCUCCAUCGGCUCGGACGACUCGAUCCCCACAACCGCCUUCCUCGAAGCCGCCGAAGCUCUAACCGGACUCUUCGAUGUGCUCGGCAGCGCGGCCUUUAAACCCGUGAAAAAUGACAUGGCGGGAAACAUCACCAAGAUUAGGAAUCGCCAAUUGGAGAGUCCGAUUGAGUCGGAGACGCUGCAGGAUUUGGUGAGGAAUGAGUUGAAGACGAAGAAGCACACUGCUACGGAGGGGUUGUUGUGGUUGGUGAGAGGCCUCGACUUCACCGCCCAAUCCCUCCGCCAAAACUUCGCUCGUCCCGACGAAGAGCUUUCCCAAUCCUUCCGAGACGCCUACGGCCAGACGCUGAAAAAGCACCACUCCUUCAUCAUCAAGCCCAUCUUCUCCGCCGCCAUGUCCGCCACUCCAUACCGGAGGGACUUCUACGCGAAAUUGGGAGACGACCAGCCGAAGGUGAACAAGGAGCUGGAUGCGUGGUUGGUGGGAUUGGAGAAAAAUGUGGCGAUUCUGAACAAGUUUUUGGCGAGUCCGGAGGCGAAGUGGUAG